UAGAUUAACCCGUCACCUAGGGCCUCUUCGAGUUAAGCGCGCAGAGGCCAAGGGAGAAAAGGAAAAAAAAACGAAAAAAAAAGAGAAAAAAAAAAGGACGCGCCACCGCGGCGGGAGAGGCGUACGGCGCACCGGCCGGCCGUCGGAUCUGCGCCGGCGACGCGCGCCCCCGCCGGAUCCCCGCUGCCGGAGGUGGACGAGGCGGCGCUCCGGCCAUUUCCCCGCCCGCGAGCGCCCAGAUCCGUCCCGCCGGUUUCAUGGUUCAAUUCUUCGUUCUCAGGAUAUUUGCUGCUCAAUUAUGCGAUAAAGUGCUUCCAGUUGACGCGGAGUUGGUGGAGACGCCUUGCUCUAUAAUCUAUUCUCCAUUGCUCAGCAGUGAUCAGUUGGAAGAUUCUGCCUUUCUUCCUCUUGCUGCCUGUUUGUUUGCUUCCUUGGUGGAGUAGACGAGAGGAGGAGGGCAAGAAGAUAAAGGUAGCUUCUUUCAGCCACUCUAUGUCCAGGGACUUGGAUUGUCCUGUUCAGACACAGAUGGCCGUUGCAGUACUGGAUCGGAGCUUCAGCAGUGAAUAUCCUGCAAGCAGCAGAACUGAGGGGAGAUCAUGUAGUUGGAAAAGAGUCUUUGUCCAAACUGAAAAUGGUUAUGUCCUGGGCAUUGAACUGGAGAGGGGAGAAAAUGCACACACUGUGAAAAAGAAGCUCCAGGUAGCCCUCAAGGUACCCACAGAGGAGAGCUCACUGACCUUUGGUGAUCUGGUUCUGAAUAAUGAUCUCAGCAGUAUUCGCAAUGACUCACCACUGCUCCUCAGAAAGAAUCAAAUGCACCGGAGCAGCUCAACUCCUUGCCUCUCUCCUACUGCUCAUGAUGUGCAGGAGCAAGAUCACAGCGAACCCAUUGAAAUCCUUGGAUGUUUGAGCCCCUCUUCUCGGAUGAAGCAGCUUGCUAAGGAUGUUGUGGAAGCCAUAAGGAAUGGUGUUGACCCGGUACCUGUUAAUAGUGGCAUGGGUGGCGCAUACUACUUCAAGAACAUUUACGGGGAACGUGUUGCAAUUGUCAAGCCAACAGAUGAAGAACCAUUUGCUCCAAAUAAUCCUAAAGGUUUUGUGGGGAAGACCCUUGGACUGCCAGGCCUCAAAAGAUCAGUACCGGUCGGUGAGACUGGGCUCCGAGAGGUUGCUGCUUACCUUCUUGACCAUGAUAACUUUGCAAAUGUCCCACCCACAAUGCUGGUCAAGAUCACGCACUCUGUGUUCAAUGUGAAUGAUACUGUCAGCUGCAAAAGUAAAGUCUUCCACAACAAAUUGCAGGCUGUGAGCAAGCUUGCAUCAUUGCAGCAAUUUAUUGCUCAUGAUUAUGAUGCUAGUGACCAUGGGACAUCAAGCUUCCCUGUAUCUGCAGUGCACAGGAUUGGCAUACUUGACAUCAGAAUAUUCAACACGGACAGGCACGCAGGAAAUCUUCUGGUUAGGAAGCUUGGACCUGGGCCUGACAAUUUUGGAGUGCAGACUGAACUCAUUCCUAUUGACCAUGGUCUCUGUCUUCCAGAAAGUCUAGAAGACCCUUACUUUGAAUGGAUUCACUGGCCACAGGCAUCCAUUCCUUUCACUGAGGAGGAACUCGAAUACAUUGCAAAUCUGGAUCCUGUAAAAGAUGCUGAAAUGCUUCGCUUGGAGCUGCCCUUUAUCCGUGGAGCAUGUCUGAGGGUGCUGGUGCUAUCAACAAUAUUUCUCAAAGAAGCUGCAGCAUUUGGCCUCUGCUUAUCAGAGAUAGGAGAGAUGAUGAGUAGGCAAUUCACUGGGAAAGAAGAGGAGCCAAGUGAGCUUGAGCUUCUUUGCAUGGAGGCAAGGAAGUGGGUCAAGAAAAGAGAGCUAUUUCUUCCAGAAGCCGGAGUUGAAGAUGACAAUGAUGGCAUCACCCAGUUCUCUAUCGACAGCGAAGAUGGUUCAGAUGCAUCUGAAUUACCAUCUUUCAGCAAGUUCGGGCUCAUGAAUGCUAGUCACAGAAAUCCACUGUCAAAGUUAGAUGAGUGUGAUGAGGAAGAUGGUGAAGAGGAAGAGGAUGAUGAUGGUGAUGAAGAGGAUGAUGAUGAAGAUAUGUUCAAAGAUGAUGCUGGCAACUUGAAAAAUCCGUUUUCGAAGCAUAUUCCUUCAGUCUCAAAGUUAUCAGCAUCAUUUAAGGGGCUCGGUUUCAUUGGGAAAGCUAGAGCCUACCACAAAGGUGUUCCCAAGAACAAGGUGACUGCUAAAACUAACUAUAGUGGCAAAGGUAGUGAGCAUCAGUCUGGUAGCAGGAGUGCCAAUGAGCUUCUCCCUCCCAGCGCCAGUUUUGUGAAGCUGUCCGACAUGGGCUCUGAUGAGUGGAGCGCAUUCCUCGACAAGUUCCAGGAGCUGCUCCCGAGCGCCUUCCGAGCCCGGAAGCACGCCGCUGCUGAUGGCCCUCGUCCGUUGCAGAGGCUGGGCACUUCUUGCCAGUUUUGAAACUAGAAGAAGAAGAAGCAGCAGCUUUAUACCAAGGUAAUGUAGAUGGAACCCAUCAGGUGUUCAGCAGCAGCAGCUUUGUCCGUCGAAGGCAGCUAGCAGAAGCUCUGUACGCUUGUAGGUGUCUGUUCUCGGAGAAGAUAUAGAGGUGGUUCGGGAAUAAGACCGUCCGUCCUUGACAAAUAUGAGCUUGCAGGAGGGUUUGUGUCGUGUUUGUGAAUAGCUUUGACAUAUGUGUUGGGUUGUUCUUUCAUCUGUACAUAUAUGAAAUGAAUGAGUACCUCUCGAUACCGGGCUUGACCUGGUAGUGGUGAGUGUGCUGGCCUUGCCGGUGUACCGGCGCUGUACCAUUUUGGAGACGUUUACCUGGAUAUUAUUACUGCAGA